UCCUAAGUGGGCGUGUCCACAGCCAGGGCGGGGAACUGCAAUAAAUCGACACACAGAGAGAUGCUUUCUCCUUUCUGGGCUUUCCCGAUUUGUGAGCUGGGAGCGAGACAUGGCGCUAAGGAAACACGUGAACGAGGCAAAGAAGCGCAGCGCGGACUCCGGCGUGGAGUCGGAUCGGAGCCUCUUGAGCAAGGAGCAGAGGGACCAGCGCAUCAGUCUCUUUCUGCGGGAUUUCCAGCACCAGGCAAAGGAAAACCUGCGAGAUUUGAAGAAGGAGCUGGCUUCGCUUCUGCAGACAGCUGAGAAGGCAUUCCAGGUGGAGCUGCUGGCCAUGCCGGUGGUCAUGAGAAAAAUGAGGAGGGAGGACUUGAUUGAUCUUAAGGAAGAAGAAGCUGCUGCUGCCACAGUCAUCGCCACUGCCAUGGCAAAUGAUUGCUGCGCAGUAGAUAUGCCAACUCCCAGACUAGUGAGGACCAACAGCAAACGAGUUAAGGUCACGACAAUUGUGGAAUACAAGGGAGAGGAAGAAGGGAGUGGAGCCCCGGCCAGGAAACUGUCUCGAAAGGCAUUUAAAACAAAUUCUCUGGCUUCCUUGGCUUCUGCCGUAAAGGGCAAGCAAGGGACUCCGUCCAGGUCUGCAUACGCCACUCCAAACGGGAGAACCAUUGAGCGAUCGACCUCGAUGCGGGAGCGGCCAGUGUCUGCUUCCAAGUGCAUCUCGUUGGGCUCUAAAAGGCAAGCCAUGCUGUUUAUGUUGUGGAAUAAUCAAGACUCAUACAGCCAAUCUAGGAAGAAAAACUUCUCUCUGUCCACUUUCUAUGCACCAUGUGCAAUUCCAUGCACCUCUAUCAUGGCUCAUCUUACCUUUUCCUUAAAACUAACCACCUCAAACAUCGCCAAAUGUCUGGACCCUCUCCUUAUAGGGGUCUUGCGUCAUCUCCUCGAUCAGUUGUUUUGCCCUUUUCUGAACCGCCUUCCCUCUCCUCCACCCCCCCUUCCCCACCCCUUUCUGGUGCCUAGGUUUCCACAAAGGGGUCUCUCCAAAAGUGCAUCUGCCUCAGAGAGAACGCAGGCGGUGACGCUCCGGAGUAUGUCGAUGCCCCACGAAAGCUCAGUUCCCUUUGUCAACAUCCCUUUGUCUGAUGGAAAGACUCUCUGCUCGGCUGGCGAUGACCUCCAGAACAUCAAUGUGGAAUUAUUGAAUGAGGACACCGUCCAGCAUAUCCACAGCCUUGUGAACCAGUUGACAGUCCUUUGCGGAAAAGCAACCGUUAAGUGAAGUUGAUGGACUCCAAAAACAACCUUUUUUCAUUCUUGGAUCUGAAUAUCCUUGGUUCCUUAUGUUUAAAUAGAUAGGCUUUUUCUUUUAAGUACUAUUAAACUUGUUAUUUCUCUA